CGACUGAGUCAAGACACGCAUAUGCUGUGCGUAUCCUGGCCGGAUCUGCGUCGGUGUGUAUGUGUCCUCACAGCUGUCGGCACACGUCCACACACUCUGGCUGUGUCUGACAUGCACCGGCACGCGAGUCAGAAUAAACACACAAACAGACAGACCGCCCCAACAACGGCACCCAUUACUCAUCAAGCCGUCAAGCAAUCACAAUCCGAUGCGAUGCACUCACUGCACUCACUUCACUCACUAUAUACCAUCCAGUAACCAGACCUCUGUCUAUCAGACUACCCUGCUCCUUCUCUCAGCCCUCUGCACAACCUAUCUCUGUAUCUAUCUACAUCCCGCCAGACAGAGAGAGAGGGGCAUAUCUUGCCCCAUUGUCGCGCCGCUCCCUGGUGGCUGAACAGCACCUCAGCCGCCUGCUGGGUGCUGUGCUUGGAGAGGUCGGUCAGUUGCCGGGAGACGAAGGUCUGGUUCGCCCGCCUGAUGACCACCAUCAUGUGCAGCUAAGCUGCCUCCUCCUCGGGCGGCGGGUACAGCGAUGGGUUGAUAAACGGGAUCAGCGCCAGCGUGAUCACGUGCGCACCGUACCUGCAUUGCAUUACAUCCAUCCAUCCAUCUACGUCACCCAGCGAGAAUGACACAACACACACGACAGACACAUCACGGUGUGAGUGGUGUUCCUUACUGGAUGCGGUCGAUGGCACCGUGUGUGAGCACGCCGACCACCCCCAGGCCCCGCUUGACGUCAGUAGUGCCGAAGACGUGGUCGCACGCAUAGCCCAGCUCGACGCCAGCUUUGACCCGCUCCGCAAUGCCUGCACACACAAUCACACCACCGGGCCACCACAAAAGAAAAUGGGCAAGGUGCGUCGUCCGCAUCUGUGUCCACAGAUGCAGCCAUCCAUCCAUGUGUUGUGUGGUGUGGUGGGAUGGAGUGCGUCCCUCAGGCUCUACGAGUAGCUCUCAUCGACGAAUGCGUCUCGGGUAGAUAAAGAACCUUAAGUGUCUUAUCAUCCUCAGGACCACCCGCCCACCCACCCACCCACCCACCCCAGUGCACACACCCCACCCACUCACUUUGUGGCAGCGUGAAGCUCCCCGAGCGCGCCCAUUUCGUGUUGUCUUUGUCGGCCACCACGCCCCAUGAGAACACACACAGGCCCCACUCUUGCCAGAAACACCCGCCCUCCACCGCACACCAGUAGUCGGCGUCAGGCCGCUUGCGCUUGGCCUCACACACACGGUUCUUAGCGCCCUGCAGAGUCUCCUCGUCACCUGCAGGUCACGAUGCAUUGCAUGCCAGCAGCCAAACAAACACGCCAGUGGAUGGAGAAACGUGUUCGUGUCUGUGUUGAUGCACUUCACGCAACCCACCGAACGGUUGAUCUGCCACCCCGGUGUCCACAGCAAUGCCCUCCACCUCGAUAGAUCUGCCGCUGAAGUGCUCGAGGGACGAGAAGGCCCGACGGACGGACUCUAUCUUGGCGCUGUUGGUGGAUCCUACUACGAUGCGCAGCGGGGAAGGUGCUAUCGACGUCUGAUGAUGGUUCAUGAGGUUUCCUC